AUGGAGAUGCAAUCCUAUUAUGCCAAGCUCUUGGGGGAGUUGAAUGAACAGCGACAGAGGGAUUUUUUCUGUGACUGCAGCAUCAUUGUGGAAGGGCGGAUCUUCAAGGCCCACAGAAACAUCUUGUUUGCCAACAGUGGCUACUUCCGAGCCCUGCUCAUUCACUAUAUCCAGGACAGCGGGCGGCACAGCACCGCCUCCUUGGACAUUGUCACCUCCGACGCCUUCUCCACCAUCUUAGACUUCCUCUAUUCUGGGAAACUGGAUUUGUGUGGGGAGAACGUGAUUGAAGUUAUGUCGGCUGCCAGCUACCUGCAGAUGAACGACGUGGUGAACUUCUGCAAGACGUACAUCAGAUCAUCCCUUGACAUCUGCCGAAAGAUGGAGAAGGAGGCUGCUGUGGCCGCAGCAGUGGCGGCGGCAGCGGCGGCGGCGGCGGCAGCGGCUGCAGCAGCGGCUCAUCAGGUGGACAGUGGAAGCCCCAAUUCAGGCAGGGAAGGGACUUCCUGUGAUAUCAAGAGCUUGGUCUCUCCAGCUGAGGGGGAAGAGAGUAUGGACAGUCCAACAGAGUCCUCCUGUGGUGACUGCAGAGGCUGCCACCCUCUGGAACUGGUGGCGAAAGACAGCCAGGGCAGUGGCUCAGGGGACAGUGACCUCCUGAUCCUGCCCAAACAGAUAGAGCCCAAGGUGGAGUUCAAUGCCGACGAAGUGGAGGUGGAGGCUGGGGGACAGCUGCAGAAGUAUGCUGCCCCACUGAGCCUGGCCCACGUGGAGGAGGCUUUGCCCAGUGGCCCGGCUGUUGACUUGGCUUAUAGUAACCACCACGUGAAGCAAUUCCUGGAGGCACUCCUGCGCAACAGUGCCAUCCAGAGCAAAGAGGAUGCGGACAAUCACUUUCCUCGCAGUUUGGAGGGAAGGCCAGAUGGUGUGGGCGUAGCCAUGAGUUCCAUGAUGGAUGCGCAGACUGACUGGUAUGGAGAGGACUCAGGUGAUGUGCUGGUGGUGCCCAUCAAGCUGCACAAGUGUCCUUUCUGCCCCUACACUGCCAAACAGAAGGGCAUCCUUAAGCGGCACAUCCGCUCACACACAGGGGAGCGGCCCUACCCCUGUGAGACUUGUGGCAAGAGGUUCACUCGACAGGAGCAUCUGCGGAGCCACGCGCUCAGCGUCCAUAGAUCCAACCGUCCAAUCAUCUGCAAGGGCUGCAGAAGAACCUUCACGAGUCACCUGUCGCCAGGGCUACGGCGCUUUGGGCUGUGUGACAGCUGCACCUGCAUUGCAGACACACACGACGAUGAUGACGAAUCGAUGCCCAUCAACCUCAGCCUGGUGGAGGCUUCAUCCGAGAGCCAGGAAAAGAGCGACACAGACAAUGACUGGCCAGUCUAUGUGGAAUCUGGUGAGGAAAACGAGCCCACCAGAGAUGAUUCUAGAGACAGACCCCAAAUUGGGCCCAACCUGUCAGGUCGAGAGACGCUUACAUAGCGGUCAGUUGGUGGAGAAGAAUGUUUAGAAUCUGUUCUUGUUAAUUAUGAUUGAAAGCCACCCUUCAUCCAGUUUUGUGGGACCUUGAGAGGACAUCUUUUCACAGCUAAUUAUUUGCAUUUCUGUUAGACUACAUGGUGGAGGUUGGAUUUUGUGACUGAAAGGAUUAAUGACUUUUUAGUGUGGUGCCCCUGGUUUGCGAAGGCUUUCUGAGUGAAUUAAGGUCGUCCCUGGGGCCUCCCGUUUUUCCUGC